GUUUUUUGAAAAGUUAAAUCCAUCAACAACUUUACAGCCCUGACAGAUGUCGCUCUCUGAUUGGCUGAUGCUGCGCUAUGUCCCGGUCAAGCUUCUGGAAUCUUCCCAGAUGUCGCUCUCUGAUUGGCUGAUGCUGCGCUAUGUCCCGGUCAAGCUUCUGGAAUCUUCCCCCUUCUGAGUCUGCUCCGGUCUAGCUUUUCACUUGUGCGAGACUUUGCGAUUUGGAAGUUUUCCAGUGCUGCCAGCUGUGAUCUUCACCUGUGCUUUACUACACCCACCUUCAAUCAUCUACACUACUGUUACAUCUCAAUCAGAAAACAACACACUGACUAGAUAAACAUAUUCAGACACAACAGACAUUUUAUUUACAAACCUACACAUAAUAUUCACUAACACACACACUUUCACUCACACACACACACAUUCACUCACUAUCUUCCUACAAACACUGUUUCAUUCAUUUGGAACAUAUUUAAAUACAUUUUACAGUUUGUAUUUUCUCUGUUGCUUUGAUCUAGAUAACCGGUUUUUUCUCCCCCAGUUUUCUUCUGUUUUUCUCUCUGUCUGCCAGGAUGCCACGCAAGGGACGACGCUCUGAGGCCGCCAAGAAGAGAUGGAGGACCCUGGACCAGGAGGACCUGCAGAGCAGCCAGCCGGACGUCGCCAAGCCCAGGACAUCCCCACCCACCGCGCAGGCUUGGACCCCCACCCAGUCUCCGGAGAAGAAGAUGUCCCGACUGCUGGAGUCCCCGGGCCAGGUGGUUUGCCAGGAGGAGCCCCGUAGGCCAUUGACCUCUCUUGUGUCACGCCGUGGGACGGGGCGUCGCCAUCGCGUCGUGAAGUGGCCGUUUUCCCCUGUGACUUACCGUAGUCACAAGUUGGUCCUGCCAGCCGAGGUCCCGGAGAAGAGGUUUGUUCUUUUGGUUGGUGACUCCCAUCUGCGUGCUUACGUUGAUGAGUUUGUCUCCAUGCCAGAGGGCAACCUCUCCUUUGGGUUUCUUGCAACCCCCGGGGCCUCGGCGGACGAGUUGAGGCGUGAGGUGCUGGGAGCAGUUCUGCCUGGGACCCCCGAGGUAGUCUGUCUUCUGGCACCCGGCAACAACUUGGAAGCCAGAAGGACCGUGCAGCAGUCGGGCGCGGACUUCGAGGGGCUGCUGCUCGCCGUCGGCAACCUCUGCCCUAACGUGGUUGUUGUGGACUUUCCUCCACGUCUAACCGUGGAGUAAGACCACCAACAGCUGCUCCGGCAGGAGUACCACCGUGUGGCUGCUCGGAGAAAUGUUCGCUACCUCUCGGUAGUUGAACAUUUCCCGCGGAGCUGCUUGGACAUGUGGAGCAGGGAUGGCGUUCACCUGAGCGACCAUCCUGGGAUGGAGGUCCUUGCUCAGUUGCUGUGGGAUGCGUCCUACACGCAACUUGAGUUAAGUGCACCGACAUCUCCAGCUCCACCUCCUGCUCCUGUAAAGCCUCCUUCCCCCGUGGUGAGACGUUCCCCCCCUAGGCCUCCACCUCCUGCUCCUGUGACGCCUCCUUCCCCCGUGGUGAGACGUUCCCCCCCCAGGCUGGUUGUGGUCGGCGAGGUUCCAGCUCCGCGUCCUUCGGACCCUUUCGCUUGGACUGUUGUCCGUGGUGGCCAGAGGACGUCGCGCCAGGUCCAGAGGGGUGAUGGCUCUCCACACAUCACUGGGAGGAUGGUUGACCAACAGGGAGACCUGCUGGACUCGACCAUUCCCCCGAAUCCUGUGUGGUUCAGCCCAACGGUGCUGGAGGAGAUGGACCGGAUCGUUCCUGCGUCUGGCCGUGACGCUCCGUUACCGACGCGUGCUCUGAAGGGGAAGAAGAAAGCCAGUGUGAGACGUCGUCCACGACCCGAUCCCUCCAAGCCGAGACCGGAGGAGCUGCAGGUGGAGGGAGCUCCGACUGAGAGGACCAGGCCAGCCCGUCGCCAGCCCAGGAGAGCCACCCCCACGUUGGAGGUUGACGCCCCCGCCGAGUCCUCUCCCGCGCCUCUGGAGGACCAUGUUAUGGAUGACAGCUGCCAGGCUUCUUCGUUGGAACCCUGUGCCAGCGGUCCGCCUGUCCAGACUGUGAGGGCCACACAUUGCCAGGCUGACUACAGAUACGGUACAUUUUCCCGUAAUCACCAGUGCACCUGUAUGGCUCUGACAUUUUUAGCGUACCACAGUGAGGGGUUGCAGUUUGACACAGUCUUACUUGACAGAGUACUUGAGCAAGGAGAUGCACUUUAUGUUGGCAUUAAACAGCAGCUCAUGUUGGACGGUAGAUUUGUUGAUAAUCACUUGACAGUUGAAGAGAUGCCCCAACAAGUACUGACAGACGGGAACAUCUACUCUGUACACACAACGGGUGUCAGAGUUGGUCGUGUUUUGUGUCAGAAUGAUAGCCCUCAAAGGUCACGGCCAAUGGGAUUUCCUCUUGCCUCACAACUAGAGUGUCUGUCUGAAAAUGUCACCCAUGCUUUUCUUUUGGUGACUCCAGAGUGCAUUGCAGUUUUCCGGGACAGAGACGGUAGGUUUGGAGUUUUUGAUUCUCACUCAAGAAACUCAGCAGGCCUGCCCCAUCCUAACGGAACUGCAGUGGUCAUGACCUUUAGCAACCUAACGCUCAUGGUUGAACAUCUGUACAAACUGUUUCAGAACCGUGGCCCCUAUGCCACGUAUGAGUUUGUACCAGUAUCGUUUGUUAGCGACGACAUUGGUGAUGCCCCUCCUCCGGCCUUGAGCAAUCUGAAUAUUUCACCUGGAUCCACACAAGCAAGCCCAGGUGCUAAGAAAUCAGAGAGCGCUUCUGAUGAAGAGGAUGAAGAGGAAAUGCCAGCUUGGCUUGUUCAAGUUGGCCACAUAUUAGAGGAAACCGUCCCAACGAUGCCAGAUGUGUCCAAAUUGCCGAAAGCCAGGAGAAUAAAAGUAAGAGACAGGGUCAAAGCACAGCUGGGACAGGAUGUAGUUAAAAAAAUGAAACAAAGAACAUCUGAGAAAGAAAAAUAUGAUACAUCGCCUACAUAUAAGGUAAAAAAACUACGGGCAAUGAAACAAGCAUAUCUUCUACAACAUGCAGAGAGGAAGAUCCAGUUAACUGCUAGAUACAAGCGUGAUGUUGCUUACCGAAGGAGACUAAUGGAAUAUGUAAAGGAAAGAUACAGCAACGAUCCCAUCUACAGAGGCCGACAAAUGAAAUAUGUGAAGGAAAGAUACAGCAACGAUCCCAACUUCACAGCCAGACAGAAAAGACUUAUGAGGAUGUAUAUGAAGAAAAUGUACAGCAAGUUACAGUUCCGGGUGCAACAUAAUAAAAAAUGUGCUGUCAACAGGAGACUAAGGCUAUCAAAGAAGAAGCUUUCUCAAAAUACAAUGCUGCAGUGUGCAAUGAGAAUCAGGCGAAAAUACAGAAGGACUUUAGGCUUUCUCCAAGGAACUCCACAGCCUCUGAUCAGCAACGAAAUGAAAGCUGCAAUUAUGAAAUUUCAAGAGAAAAUUCAACUUGGACCCACACAUGUCUGCACGGUUUGUCACAGAGCUCUUUUCCCGUGUCAAGUCAAGCAUUGUAACAGAGCCAAAUAUACCAAGAACAUUCGUGUGGAGGCCCAAUGCCUGACAGGUACGUAUGUUCACAUGUGUGACUCUGCAUGCUCCGCCCCGUGUUCUGUACCCAAAGAGAGGACUCAGGAGUGGAUCUGCUACACAUGUGACAGCUACGUAACCAGAGGAAAGAUGCCAUCAAUCGCUGCUGCCAAUCACCUGGACCUGGCACCGAUUCCCACAGAGCUUUCCCUAUUGAAUGUACUUGAGAGGCAAUUGAUUGCAAAAAUACUGCCUUUUGCCAAGAUUGUUUCAUUGCCCAAAGGACAGCAGAGAGCAAUUCAUGGAGCUGUUGUUUGUGUACCUUCGGAAAUGGAAACAAUCGUGAACUGUCUUCCCAGGCCCAGCACAGAAGCACAGCUUUUACAGGUUAAGCUGAAGAGGAAAAUUAAAUACAAAGGAUACCAAUACUUUUACACAGUAAACAUGGAAAAUGUUUUGGCUGCACUGAGAAAGCUUAAAGAGACCCACCCGGAUUACAAGGAUGUAAAUAUAAAUGAAAGUGCAACAUUUGAGGAUUUCCAGGAGGACCAACCUGUUGAGGAAUCAGAAACCCAAGCAGAGGAUGCAGUCACAGACCAACCUGACCACAUAGGGGAAGAACAUCAGGCUCUUCGACCGGGUCUGAUCUUGGACACUUGUAUGCAGCCACCUGACAUAGCACAGGAAGUGCUCUCCUAUGGAGAUGGAAUUUUUAGUGUCGCUCCCGCCCAAGGAAACAAACCCGUUGGCUUCUUUACUGUUCCAAGGCUGGAAGCCAAGGCUUUUCCUGUGCAGUUCCCCACUGGCCAAAACACGUUAGACGAAGCCAGACGAGUUAUACUGUCACCAAGUAUGUAUUUCAAUGUCAGGCUUUUCUCUGUAGACACUCGAUUUGCCAAAGACCAGAGUUAUCUUUUCUUUGCUCAGUUUGUUACUGAGACUCAUAUGGCCAACAACAGCAUGUCAAUUCAGUCAAGAAAAGGCAAAGCCAGGAGCAAAGAAGGACAAAACAUUUCCAGCAAGAUGCUACAAGACAAAGAAGAGUUAGAAAAACUAAUCCAAAAUAAAGAGGCCACUCGUUUUAUGCAACCCCUAAGAGGAACUCCAGCUUAUUGGGAGAAAGGUUUGCGCGAUUUGCACGCCAUGGUGAGGCAGCUGGGAAAGCCAACCUUCUUUUGUACCUUCUCUGCUGCUGAAAUGAGAUGGCCGGAAGUCAUUGAGGCCAUCAAAGCUCAACACGGAGAGCAAGUCAACUUUUCAGAGCUCGACUGGAACACCAAGUGUGACAUUCUUAGGAGCAACCCUGUUACUGUGAUGAGAAUGUUCUCCAAGAGGGUGGAUGCUCUCUUCACAGAUCUCAUUUUGUCCCCUGCGCAGCCCAUCGGACCAGUUGAGGAUUACUUUUAUCGUGUGGAAUUUCAAGCAAGGGGUUCCCCGCAUAUACAUUCUGUGAUAUGGAUUAAGGAUGCACCUGAGAUGGAGGACCCCUCAUGUUGUGACCAAGUCAUCAAUUUCAUCGACCGUUACAUAUCUUGUCAGUUGCCCGAUGAAACCACAGACCCUGAGCUCCACAAAAUUGUAACGGAGGUUCAAAUGCACAGCAAAAAGCAUUCCAAAUCAUGCAAGAAAGGAAAUGUGCAAUGCAGAUUUGGAUUUCCCAAACUACCCAUGGACCGCACCAGAAUCACAGCCCCUCUCUUAUUCGACUUUGAAAAUGAUUGUGAUGAAAAAACUAAGCAAUCCAGACAAAAGGAUGGCCAGAAGAAGUCCAGAAAAUCGAAGCCAAUAAUCAUCUCAAACCAACAAAGAGAAGCAAAGAGGAAGCUGAAAUCAAUAAGGGAUUUGCUCAUGGAUCAAAAAUCUUCUUUCAAGGAUUUGCCAGAAUUACUCCAGGCUUGUAAGAUGACCAAAGAAGAAUACAACCACUAUGUGGAUGCUCUGACUUCUGGAAUGGUAGUGAUGAUGAAGCGUGAUCCCAAAGACAGCUGGGUGAAUGGAUACAACCCGGAUCUCUUGCGUGCUUGGAAUGCUAACAUGGACAUUCAGUAUGUGAUCGAUGAGUACAGCUGUAUUGAGUACAUGAUGUCCUACAUAGCCAAGCCAGAGCAUGAAAUGGCGCAGUUCCUCAAAUCCGUUGUGGAGGAUCUAAAGAAGUCCGAUGUCAACCAACGGGACGAGAUGAAAAAGAUCAUGCAGGCCUAUUCAAAACAGAGAGAAGUUAGCGCUCAAGAGUCAGUAGCCCGUACAUGUAGUCUACCCCUUAAAAAGUCAUCACGCAGUGUCAUUUUUAUCCAAACUGAUGAAGACUGUGUGAAAAUGAGCCUUCCCAUGAGCAAACUGAUAAACAUGGCCCCAGAUGAAGAGAAUGUUUGGAUGACAGGAUUGCCUGAAAAAUAUCUCAACAGACCUGAAACGUUAGAAUUUCAACACAUGUGCCUGGCGGAAUUUGUGUCGGAAUACAGGGUCCUUUAUGGAAAACAAAUUGAAGGACGAAAUGCCAUCCCCUCCUAA